AUGUGUCAUAUGUCAAAGUAACGGCCAGCCAGCCGAAUCCCACCAAACCAAAACUAUUCCUUUGAUUUUUCAGUUAAAAUUGCAAAAUUUUCAGCAUUCCGCUUCCUAUUCUCUUCAAUUCGUUGAAUAUUAAAUGAAAUUAGUGUGAAUCCUUAAUUUUGCUUUAAUGUAGAAGUUUUCCCAAAUCUCUCCUAACUCCCUAAUUAUAUAGAAUACCAGAAUAUAUUUGUAAGUUUCUUUAUUAUCAUAGAGCUAACAGGUUCAAUAUUGCAGCAUUUAGGUGUCGAGGGUCGAGGGGGGUUGCUUCACUACAAAAUUUAUAUUUAGCAUUUUAGCAACUAUGAAUAUAAGAAGUGAAGCAGCAGGAACCAAACCGAUAUGCAGAUUUCAUCAGAAGGGCACGUGCAGAUUCGGUAGCAGGUGUCGUAAUCGUCAUAUUGAGAUUUCCACAGUCUUUUCUCGCUUAGCUAUAGUAUCCAAUAGUCCAAAAUCGGAUAAUAGUCCCAGUACCAGUUCAUCUGGCGAUACAGCAUUGUCAGUCAGUAAAACUGUAGAUGAUUAUUCCACUAAGAAGGCAUGUGGUAUUUGUUUAGAUACUAUAAUGGAAAAGAAUGAAAGACGGGAACAAAUGUUUGGCAUACUACCCAACUGUAAUCAUUGUUUUUGCUUCUCUUGCAUUAGAAAAUGGAGACAGAGCAAAGAGUUUGAGUAUGAAGUGUCAAAGGCUUGUCCGGAAUGCAGAAAACCUUCAGAUUUCGUAUAUCCGAGUAAAAUCUGGUUCGAGCGUCAAGAGGAGAAAGACAACUUCAUAUUCUGCGAGAAGGCGCGCAGACAAAAAUUACACUGCAGAUACUUCAAGAGGGGCGACGGGUCGUGUCCGUUCGGCAACACGUGCCUGUACAGACACGCCCUGCCCAACGGGAAAAAACUGGACGUCGGUCCACCGAAACCGCGCAGAUGGAGGAACCGGAACCACGCGAUCACCGACGAAGUGCUGGAGGGCGUCAAUCAGUUGAUGUUCUGGAUGGGGGACGAUUUACAUUCCGUCAUAGACGACGACGACGAUGACGACGAUGAUGAUGAUGACGGUGUUAUCGAGGAUUUCGAGUUGGAUCUGGACGAUCCGUUGAUCGCGAUGCAGUAUUACGAUCGUGGCGAUAUCGGUCGCUACAUCGCCAUGGGUCGGCUCUUGAACGAGACCGAUGUGUCCGAGAGCGACGACGACGACGAUGAUCGAAUCGGGCUUCCGAUCUUCUUAUAACCGGCUGUUAUUAUUUUGGUUUGGAUAUUAUCCUGCGUUUUGUUUUAAGUCCUAGAUAGUUAUUUUUUAUUAUUAUUAUUAUUAUUAUUUUCAUUAAUAUUUACUGGAGGGCGUAUUCUGUUACGAGACAUUAAAAACUUUGUUAGAUGGUUCGAACAAGUUUGCCAUCAUAAAUAUCGUAAUGUCUUUACUAUUAACGUUUUUCAAUGGUUAAUAUAGAUGUUUUUACCUCUU